AUGAAUAUUUUAAGAUGGAUAAAAUACUUUUCAAAUAGUUUGAAAGUAACAAAAAAUCAUAUUAAUUAUUCAACAAAUGGUAAAAACUGUGAAAUAUUUGAAAAUGAAAAAAGUUUAGAUAAAUUUCAGGAAUUAAAAAUAAAUAGAGUAAUUUACAAAAAAGAUUACAAUGAUUAUAUGAGGUUAUACAAAUUGUACAAACCUAAUUACACUAAGUUAAUUAUAGAAAAAGAAAACUUAAAAUUUUCAAUUUAUUGGUAUUUUAAUAAUAAAACAAUAUCUGUUAAUUCUAAAAUAUCUAAAAAAAAAAAAAAAAUGUUUACAGAUAUGUUACAUAUCUUAGAACAAGAAUUAAACCAACUAAAUUUUAAUAUUAAUAAAAGAAUAAAAGGUAUUAAAAAGAUUAUUGAGAAAACAGAAGAGGAAAAUAAAAAAAAUAAAAUCAUAAAAAUAAAAGAUGAAAGUAAUAGCAAUAUAGUUAAAAGAGAUGAAGAAAAUCCAUUUAAUAUUAAAAUAAAUUCUGAAGUAAAAAAUGAAUAUGAUGAAAGUGUAAUUAAAAAGUUAAAAAAUAAAAAUCUUAUAAAUUCUACCUCAAAAAAUAAAUAUGUCCUUGAUUUAAAUACUACUAAUAUUGAAAUAGAAAGAAAAAGUACCAUAAAGAAAGAUAAAGAGAAAAAUGAAAAUAAAAUAAACUAUGUAAAAUUAUUAAAAAUAUGGGAAUCUUUCUUAUUUUACAAAGAAAAGAAUAAUUUUAAAGAAGAAAAAAUAUAUCUUGAAAUUUUAAAAAAUUUAUUUUUAAAAGCAAAUUUUUUUGAAAAAAAUAAGAAAAAAGAUUUUGAAUUUUUUGAAAGCAUAUUAAACUCUUUACUACUGAAACCAGAAAUAUUUAUAAAUGUUUUAAACGUAUUGUAUUCUUUUUUUUUUGAUUCCUUGUAUAUUCAUAAAAAUUCAAAAAAAACGAAGCAAAUUAAUAAUUUCAUUAGUAAAAAUAUUAAUAUAAAAGACAGUAAUAUAAAUUAUCAUAAUAAUUUAGAAAAUGAAAAUAUUUUUAUUAGAAAAAAUAAUGAAAGUAUAAAAACGCAUUUAGUUAAGGAUAGUUAUGAAAAAUGUGAAGAGAAAAAUGAAAAGUAUAUUAGUGAAGAUAAAAUAAUAAAUGAUAAAUUAAUUUCCAUUAGAGAAGUUAAAAGUGAAGAUAGACAUAAAAAUAAUUCAUCAGAUUUAAUUUGCAUUAAAAUUAGAAGGUAUAUAUUAAGUUAUUUAUUCAAUACAUAUUAUGAAAAAUACAUAGGAUUAAAAAGCUUGCAUAAAACGUUUGAUUUACACAAUUCAUAUAACUUAAAAUUUUGCUCAAAAGAAAAUAAUUUAUAUAAGUUUGUUUCAUUAGAGGAAAUAGAUUUUGAAAAAAAUAAUAUUAUCUUAAUAAGAUAUAACAAAGAAAAAGUAUUUUUACUUGGAAUAAUUAAAAAAAUUCAUAAAAUUAAAGAUUUUUAUGUACUUUAUUUGGAUUUAAAAAAAUAUAAUUCCUAUAAAUGUGAAAAUAAUAAUAUUAGAUUAUACGAAGAAAUGGAUAUAAGUGAUGAAUAUUUUGAAUGUUAUUUAAAUAUUAAAAAUAAAUGCAAUAAAUCAAAUUUAAAUAUAUCCAUUAAUGAUAAUGAAUCUACUUAUAUAAAGGAAAGUUUUUAUAAUACAAAUGAAAGUAAAAUUUACGAAGCUGUAACCUUAUCUGUUCAGUUAAACACCAUAUAUAAUAGAAUAAAACAUUCUAUGUUGGAUAUUUUUGAAAAAAAAGAAUUUUUAAAUAAUGAAAUUAUUCGAAUGUUACUAAAUGAGGAUGAUCAAACAAAUAAAGAAGAAUUAAAAUUAAAUAAUUUAGACAAAAUUUUAAAUAAUUCAGUAAACUACAAUUAUUUAAUUGAAGAAUCUAUAAAAAACUAUAUAUUAAAUAAUAAAAAGGAAGGAAAUUAUAUUAAUAUAUUAGAUAAAGAUCUUAUUAAAAAGGAUAAAAUAAUAAACAAGUUAUAUAAGAGUUUAAAAAAUAAUAUAGAAGAAUUUACAAAAAUGUGUUAUAUUUAUAAAAAAUUUGAUAUUUAUCAAAAAUCCGUUUUAUAUGAUAUUUUAAUUAAUGAAAAAAAAAAACCUAUACAUUUGGUGCAUGGUGCACCUGGAAGUGGUAAAAGCGAUCUAAUUUCAUUUAUAAUAUAUUUUUUAACAUUAGAAAAGAAAAAUAAUGUAUUUGUUGGUACUAAUAAGCAUAUAUCAGUUCAUAAUAUUAGAAAUAAGUUACUUAAUUUAAAUUUAUGUUUGAAUAGAGAUAAUAUUAAUAAAAGAGUUUAUCAAAAAUCUGAUAUAUAUAUUGAUACCAUAUAUCAAGCAUUUAAAAUUAAAGAAAAAAAAAUCAAACAUUUAAUUAUCGAUGAAGCUUCUAGCUUAUCUGAAUAUAAUAGUUUAAUUUGUUUAAAUUUGAAUUGUGAUUUUAUAUACGCUUUUGGUGACGAUAAACAAUUAACAUUUCAUAGUUUAAUUAAUGAAAAAAAAAGAUUAGAAAUAAAUUAUUUAAGUAUUUUUGAAAAAUUAAAAAAACAUAAUAAUAUAAAAUGCCAUUAUCUUCUGAUACAAUAUAGAUUGAUUUUUCCUAUGUUUUUAUUUACAUCUUUUUAUUUCUAUAAUAGAAAAUUAAUACCAUCAAAAAAUAUUCUUAAUAAUUUUUUUAAACCUAAUAUUAAUAAAACAAAUUUUUUCCAUAUUUUAUCAAAUCACUCUUCAUUUAAUUUAAAAAAUAAAUUAUUUGAAAAUGUUUAUAUUCCAAUUUUAUUUAUCGACACUUAUCAUGAAACAUUAAAUAAAAAUACUUUUGAAGAAAAAGUAAAUUGUUCUUAUAUAAAUCACUUUGAAGCAGAAGUUAUUUUAAAAUUAACAAAAAUUCUAAAUAUAUAUAAUCAAAAAAAUGUAGCUAUUUUAACACCUUACACUAGUCAAAAAGUAUACAUUCAAAAUGUUUUAGAAAAUAAAUACAAGAAUAAUAGUACAUUUGAUAAUAAAAUAAAUCAAAAAGGAAAUAAUGAAGAACCUAAAAAUAAAAUAUAUGAAAAAAUAUUUAGAAGUUCAUGGAAAAAAUUACAAAAUGAUAACAUAUUUUCUGUUGAAGAUAACAUUCCAUCUCAUGAUAAUCAUUGCAAUAACAAUUUAAAUUUUUUAAAAAAAUGUAAUAAUAAAAUUCUUAAUAAUCAUUUAGAUUAUUGUUUAAUUAAUAAAGAUGUAAAAUUAAAUCCUGAUGUACAUAAUAAAAGCUUACUUACAUCUAAUAAAACCUUUAAUUCUUAUUUCGAAAAUAACAAAAUAAAAAAUGAAAAGUAUUUGCAUGAUUGUGAAAGAAAAUAUUAUAUAAAUCAUGAAGAUUCAAAAAAUUCCAGUUAUACAUUUAGAUUUAACAAUUUAAGUAAAACAAAUGAGUUAAAUAGUUUGUUCAAAAUAAAAAAUAUAGGUAUACCCAUUUAUAAUGCAAAUAAUAAUAAAGAAAAUUGUAAUUUUUUGUAUAAAAGUGUUCAUACUAUUGAUAGUUAUCAAGGUUGUGAAAAUGAUUUAAUUAUUAUAAGUACAGUUAGGUCUAAUGAUAAAAAUAUACUAGGUUUCUUAACUGAUGAAAAAAGAAUGAAUGUUUUAUUAACUAGAAUGAAAAAGGGUAUUAUUAUUAUUGGUAAUUCAAAUACAUUAAAAAAUAAUUUUUACUGGAAAGAAUUUAUAUAUUUUCUUGAUUUUUUUAAUUCAAGAAAAUCAAUAUUUGCUUUUCCCCUCUUAAAUAUCUUUAAGUGA